ACUGAUGGAUUAAUCAUUUUAAUAUUAUGCUACAUGGACACUCAUAACAGAUACAUGCACUACGCUACACCAGUCAUAUAGAGGGCAUAAUGGUUUAUGCACGUAUCAUUUUCGUAUACGUUUUAUUGUUGAUUUCUCGAGGCCAUGGUUCGGUGGUUGCGGACCGAACGCUGAGGCUGAAUGAUGGUAACGACAUACCGCUGGUUGCACUCGGUACGAGCCUGGGACAUCUAGCUGAUGGUACAAGGGUGUUGUCAAGUAACCAUUCGUUGGCGCGCUCAGUACAAUGGGCCCUGGAGGCCGGCUACAGGCACAUAGACACAGCCGCUCUCUACAGAGUCGAGGACGAAGUCGGCCUAGGUGUUCGGAACUUCGUUGUGGACAAUGUCGCCGAUCGGAAGGACGUGUACGUCACAACAAAACUUUGGAACGAUGCUCACGAAAGAGAUGAAGUGAUACCAGCUUUAAGAGAAUCACUGAAACAGUUGCAGAUGGAUAAUGUGGAUUUGUACCUGAUGCACUAUCCCAUGGCGUACAAGAAAGACGGAAGGAUCAGUAUUACUGACUACUUAGAAACGUGGAAGGGUAUAGAAGACGCUAAAGACAGAAAUCUCACGAGAUCCAUAGGAGUAUCAAAUUUCAACCUCACGCAAAUGCAAAGGAUUUGGGACAAUUCCCGCAUAAAGCCGGCGGUCUUACAAAUCGAGGUGAACCCGUCUAUAACUCAGGAGGAGUUAGUGGACUGGUGUCGCAAACACCGAGUUAUUGUAAUGGGAUACACUCCGUUCGGCGCUAUACUGGGUCGCAAGGAGAACGCGCCUGCUCCACACGCAGAUGACCCAGUACUGUUGCGACUUGCCUCUAAGUACAACAAGACUGUGGCGCAAAUACUUCUUAGAUACCUUAUUGAGCGACAAAUAGUGGCGAUACCGCGCUCUACAAACAAGGAACGUAUACAAGAGAACAUUAAUGUAUUUGACUUUACUCUCACACCCGCCGAAGUAGCGGAGCUGUCAGGAUUCAAUAGUAAUUAUAGACUCAGAACCCCGGCCAAAUGGUACACACACCCCCACUUCCCGUUCGAAAAGAAGAACCUUACUGACUCUCAAAUAAAGUAUAUUAUCGAACACAGUAAGGAGGAUUAACAUACCAUGACACUGGCGUGAAGUUACAGAAGAUAUAAAUUGAAAUGGAAUUUGUUUAAUCACCACCGGAACUGAAUGAGAAUAAAUACAUCUAGCAGCGUACUGUACAUUUGUGUUUAUUUAAUGCCCAGUUCAAACACUGACAAUUCAAUAAAUGACAUUGUUAAUUA